AUGACGGCACGCGCUUUCUUCGAUCGCUAUCAACAGCUGACUUCCAUAGAACAGAAGAAAGACACUCUAAUUGAGGAACUUAUACAACGAGUGACCGAGCUUGAGGGCGUGUACCGUCAAGAACAGCUCGACCAUGAACGCGAAAAGCGCUUUAAUCGUGACAUACAGAUCCAUGAGAUGGAGUUGAUGGAACAGAUUUCGCGCAUGAAAGCUAUAAUGAAUCGUGAACCCUUUAUUGUCGUACUCCUCGAUGGCGACGGGAUGAUCUUCCAUGAUGAGUUACUACAAAUGGGAGAAGACGGCGGCCGAAAAGCGGCAAAAGAGCUAUACUCAUCAGUCGAAGCCUAUGUCGACGAGAAUUUUCCGAGUAUAAUUUCUCCCAAGAUAAUCACCAAGCUAUAUGUCAACAUGAAAGGACUGUGCGACUCGUGUGUCCGCGGCGGAAUCACGACAGAUCCCUCUAUACUUGAUGACUUUGCGCGCGGCUUCAAUAGUAGCUAUCCACUAUUCGACCUUGUGGACGUUGGAAGCGGGAAAGAUGCCGCACAUGAUAAGAUAAAAGAAACUUUCAAGCUACAUCUGUACAACUGCCACUGCCACCAAAUUUUCCUGGGGUGUUCGGAUGAAUCCCCAUAUAGCCAGACGUUGGAAGAUACCCUGGCGGACUUGGAACUCUUAGGGAGAGUCUCUUUGAUUGAAGGGAUUCCAUUCGGAAAGAAUCUGGACCCGUUAAAAGCCCACUAUAGGUUCACUAGAUUUCCCAGUCUAUUCCGAGAAUCGAAAAUCACGCCUGUCUGGACCCCAUGGAAGGCCGCCGUGGCUACAAAGCCUCGCUCACUCCUGACGCCCUCACCAAAUCCUCAGGCAGCACCGCUAUCUCGAACAUCCAGCAAUAUUACCACUGCAAGUAACAGCGCGCCUAUAACAACGCCAGCAAGCUCUCACAGUGGUGAUGAUUUUCAACUGGUGCGUUCGAAACCUACCUCCUCCUCGCGCCCUAAAAUCGUGGAACGAAAUAAGUACGGUCAACGUGUAGAUCGCCUUGACAUUCAAAGCAUCCCGCGAGAAGAGGUGAAUCGCAUUAAGAAGCUGAAGCUAUGCAAUUAUCUGUUUCUGCAAGGCGAAUGUCCCAAUGAGAAUUGCCACCACGAUCAUUCUCGCAAACUAACAAAGAGUGAGCUUCAAACAUUGACAGCUGUUGCCCGGAUGACUCCAUGUCGCUACGGACUUGAAUGCGAUGACCCCGAGUGUAUGUACGGACAUCGUUGUCCUCAAAGUGAGCCUGGAAGAAAGGACUGCUACUGGGGCUCCAGUUGCCGAUUUAAUACAGCAGCUCACGGUAUCGACACCAAUAUCGUCAAGGUGACCAAGGUCUAG